AGUCGUUGAGAGAGAGGGAGCGAUGAUGUCAUAUGUGAAAACUUAGCCCACUCCCCCUAGUGAGAGGCGCUGAUUUGCCUUUCACAUAAUUUUCUGCAGAAGUUUUGUGAAGUGACCGACACAACGCGACCUCACGUUAAGAAAAACUGACAUAUAGCCUCCGAGGACUAACUUUUCCGCAUCUGGAAAGUGAAUAUCAGACGUUCAAUUACGGGACAGGCUUAUAAAUCGAGCCCAUCAUCCUGGACGGGCUGAAAAGUUUCAAGCGAGCGAAAUGAACCGGAGCUUUAAUAAUAAAUCGCAAUCUUUGCGUAGCUUGAACAUGAACGCUGUGGAAGUGAAAAGCAAGUAUGGAGCAGAGUUCCGCAGGUUUUCAGUGGAUCGACUAAAACCUGGCAAAUUUGAAGAAUUCUACAAACUCAUCAUGACAAUCCACCGGAUUGCAAACAUGGAGGUGAUGAUUGGAUACGCUGAUGUUCACGGAGACCUCCUCCCCAUCAAUAACGACGAGAACUUCGGCAAGGCCGUGUCCACCGCACAUCCCCUGCUGCGAAUCUUUAUCCAGAGACAAGAAGAGGUUGACUACAGCAACUUUGGCACCAGCACUCUGACCAGGAAAAAGAAGGCAGUGGUCACUCUUCGAAAUGACCUGAACCGCAAACGGCCCCACAUCCGCAUUGGCAUGCCUCAGGACUUCCGCCCCGUGUCGUCCAUUAUUGACGUGGACAUCCUUCCUGAAUCUCACCGAAGAGUUCGACUCUACCGGCAUGGCUCGGACAAGCCCCUUGGAUUCUACAUCCGUGAUGGCACCAGUGUCCGUGUUACACCCCACGGCUUGGAAAAGGUCCCGGGUAUCUUCAUUUCCCGCCUGGUACCUGGAGGCCUGGCCGAGAGCACGGGCCUGCUGGCCGUCAAUGAUGAGGUCCUGGAAGUCAAUGGUAUCGAGGUGACAGGAAAGACAUUGGACCAGGUGACUGACAUGAUGAUCGCAAACAGCCACAACCUUAUUGUGACCGUGAAGCCGGUGAACCAGCGCAACAAUGUGGUGCGCAGCAGUCGUAUCUCAGGCAGCUCGGGUCAGUCAUCCGACAGCAGCGGUUCGGUGGGAUACCCCGCCAUCACUGCUCCCACCGGUGCCACCGCCAUUUCUCAUGGCUACAGCCCAGAGGAUCUGGAGAGCGAUGAGGAGUCGGACAUCGUAAUUGAGAGCAACAUCAAGCGGCCGUCACGACGCUCCAAUGCCUCAGUGGCUUCAACUGCGUCCCGGUCCCAGAUGCAAACAACUACCGUGACCCCACCCAGCCCCCCUACACGACCCCAAACGAGACCUCCAUCCACGGUGUCCACGGCCUCUUUCCACUCUCAACCGAGCUUUAACGGCACAGUUCACAAUAGUUUGAGUUACAAGUUGCACAAGGACCUUACCCUCCAGCACCCCCCUUACCACAGCAGCAACCCCGCUAUGCGGGAAAGCAAUGGCAGCCUACACAAAAUCCUCAGUAGCCUGAGGACAGACCCCCGUCACAGCUUGGCUUUACCCAGAGGAGGGGUGGAGGAGGAUGGCACAGUCAUCACUUUAUAACACAUACAGUCAAGUAUAUAAAAUCCAGCCCACCCAGAGACUCGGCUUUUCAGCCUGGGACAUCAGACUCAACUUUGAACCUCACCAAACUUUAAGGGUUUUGUAAAAUGAAUAAUUUAACAGAAACAAUAUCUGGAAUUUUACUCUUUUUAAUGUUUUCUUUCCAUGUGUUGUAAUGUCCUAUGUGAAAAUGUGUCCGAUUUAGUGGUAUGUCUCUUUUUCCAAGCAGAGCCACUUUUUUUUUUUUUAUCUUGUCUAUCAGUGUUUCUCGGUUCUUGUUUUGAGGUUAAUUUUAAUCAUGUUAUCUAAAUGUCUCUUGGGACCAGAAAUUGGGUUUAGACCUAUGUGUGCGUACUGUUGACUUCUGUUUACGGUUUGUACCUGAAAACAAACAUUUGCUCCUGGUAUUACAUUAUGCAAAUGCCAAAAUGAAUUUACACUAUUUUUUUUUUUUUUUUGCCCUGUCUGAAUCAUGUUCUUCCAAGUUAAUAACUGAAUACUAUUAAUAAUCUUUAUUAUUAACUUUCAGUAAUGAAUGACUGCUGUAUGUGUUUAGUACCUUUAUAUGCAGUAAAUUACUAUUUGGCAGAUUCCCUCAGAAUGUUUGUUUCUGAAUAUUUAAAUAUCACUUGUGUCAGCAUUACAAAAAGGCUUUUUGGAAAUUGUGGAAGUUUUUAUAAGAUAUCUUAAAACAUCACUUACUACUAUGUUGACUUUGGUCUUGUGGGAUUUAAUUUAACUUUGUUACUGGUUUAUUUGACUGCAGUGGAGUGUAAUUGGUCAUCACAUAUAGGUAUUUCACACUUGUAUGUCCUCUUAAAGCCCUGUUGACUGUGGAAUGUAAGUUAGUUCUCUCCGUUUUAUUCUGUACACAUAUUUUCUGUCACCUCACUGUUAAUGAAUCCUCACCUCUGACCUCCACUCAAAUCCCCACAGCUGAACAGACUGCUGUCUCAUAUUAGUCAGAUAUUUAAUGGCUUUAAUGUUAAUGCUGCCACUGAGCACACAGUCCAGUCAAACUUCAGGUAUAAAAUUGAGUCUUAUAUCAUCCUUUUUUCUUUUUCUUCUUUUUUUACAUUGGGAACACACCUGUUCAUACUUAAUUUUGUUUUAUAUAGAGAAGGUCUGUGGAGAAUACAUUUGUAUAUAAUUUAAAACCACUGUGGAUGUUCCUUCCUUUUGCUUUUAGGUUGACUGCAUUGUAUUUGUCUUCUUGAACAAAGACUUACCUUCAUAUCCACCAUUUUUGUGCCUUACUGCCCCUCCUACAGACAUAGUUCACUCAAACAGACUAAGUAUUUGGAUCUGACCACUGGAAAUAUUUUCAUUUUGGUAAAAGCAAGGGCAUGGUAUGUACGUGUGAGUCAAAAUACAUUUGUUCUGAGUCGCCAUCUGUUGGUCACUGCCUGAACUGCUUCUCUUUUGCCAAAAAAUCACUUUCUUUAUAUUCUGCAUUAAUUAUUUGGCUUUCGUAUCAUUGUUGUCUUGGUUAAUCUGUAUCAUGUCUGUGUAUCAUCAACACUGAAUAAAUUUCACAGAAAUUCAAAACCGGACAAGCUAAAAAGCAGAUUACUAAAGAAAGAAAAAAGGUACGACAGAUUGUCUUCGGUCAGUCGUGUUAGAACAGUUUCAGUGUAAAAGUUGUCUAAAUAUAUUAGUCAGGCAGUUAAACCACACUUAAAAUGGUAGUUACAAUCCAAAAUACAUGUAAAUAUUGUCUAUAUGGUUUUUACUGAUGUCAGUCUUUUUUUAAAAAACAAACAAAAUAAAAUUCUGAGAUGGACAAAACA